GACAUCUCAGCCCUGAAGAUGGCGGAAGUGGACUCUGAGGUCCCCCCUCUACGGCCCCGCUACCGCUUCAGGGACCUGCUGCUGGGGGACCAGUCAUUUCAGAAUGACGACAGGGUGCAGGUGGAGUUCUAUGUGAAUGAAAACACCUUCAAGGAGAGGCUCAAGCUGUUCUUCAUCAAAAACCAAAGGUCAAGCCUGAGGAUCCGUCUGUUUAACUUCUCCUUGAAGCUGUUGACGUGUGCCCUUUACGUCAUCAGAGUGGCUCUGGACGACCCUGAACAGGUCACUGGAGUAUGGGAGUUGAUUUUCUGGGUGAACAGAAGGGUUCCUGUUUGGGCGAUACAGGUGACCGUGGCCUUAAUCAGUUUCCUGGAGGCGAUGCUCCUCACAUAUCUCAGCUACAAAGGGAAUAUCUGGGAGCAGAUGUUCCAGAUCUCCUUCAUCCUGGAGAUGAUUAAUACCGUGCCAUUUAUAAUUACUAUCUUCUGGCCUCCAUUGAGAAACAUCUUCAUCCCAGUGUUUCUCAACUGCUGGUUAGCCAAGUGUGCCCUGGAGAAUAUGAUUAACGAUCUCCAUCGUGCCAUCCAGAGGACCCACUCUGCCAUGUUCAACCAGGUCCUCAUACUUAUCUGCACCCUUCUCUGUCUGGUCUUCACUGGGGCGUGUGGUAUCCAGCAUCUAGAGAGGGCCGGAAAGAACCUGACUCUGUUCAACUCUCUGUAUUUCUGCAUCGUCACCUUCUCUACGGUGGGCUAUGGUGACGUCACACCUCAUAUCUGGCCUUCUCAGCUGCUGGUGGUCAUUCUCAUCUGUGUGGCCCUCGUGGUGCUCCCGCUACAGUUUGAGGAGUUGGCCUAUCUGUGGAUGGAGCGUCAGAAGUCAGGAGGAAACUAUAGCAGACACCGGGCCCAGACAGAGAAACAUGCGGUCCUGUGCGUCAGCUCUCUGAAGAUAGACUUGCUCAUGGACUUCCUCAACGAGUUCUACGCUCAUCCUAGAUUACAGGACUACUAUGUGGUGAUCCUGUGUCCUACAGAGAUGGACAUCCAGGUGCGUCGUAUCCUCCAGAUCCCCCUGUGGUCCCAGAGGGUCAUCUAUCUCCAGGGCUCAGCACUCAAAGACACAGACCUCAUGAGGGCCAAGAUGGAUGAUGCAGAAGCCUGUUUUAUCCUGAGCAGUAGGAACGAGGUGGACCGCACUGCUGCUGACCACCAGACCAUACUGAGAGCCUGGGCUGUGAAGGACUUUGCCCCAAACUGCCCCCUGUAUGUCCAGAUUCUCAAACCAGAGAACAAAUUCCAUGUAAAGUUUGCUGAUCAUGUGGUCUGUGAGGAGGAAUUCAAGUAUGCCAUGCUGGCCCUGAACUGUGUAUGUCCAGCCACAUCCACACUGGUCACACUCCUGGUGCACACCUCCAGAGGACAGGAGGGCCAGCUGUCACCAGAGCAGUGGCAGAGGACGUAUGGACGUUGCUCUGGGAACGAGGUCUACCACAUCCGCCUGUGCGACAGCAAGUUCUUCGGGGAGUACGACGGGAAGAGUUUCACCUAUGCCUCCUUCCACGCACACAAAAAGUAUGGUGUGUGUCUGAUCGGGGUGAAGAGGGAAGACAACAAGAGCAUCCUGCUGAACCCAGGUCCUCGCCACAUCAUGUCCGCCCCAGACACCUGCUACUACAUCAACAUCACCAAGGAAGAGAACUCUGCGUUCAUCUUCAAACAGGAGGAGAAAGACAAGAAGGGCCUGCCGGUGACCGGGCUGUAUGAUGCCCCCUCCAGGCUGCCUGUGCACAGCAUCAUCGCCAGCAUGGGGACGGUAGCCAUGGACCUCCAGAAUCCAGCGGACCCCCCAGAGGACUGCAGCAAACUGAGCCUGCCUACAGAGAACGGGGCUGGGAGCAGACGGCCCAGCAUUGCCCCCGUCCUGGAGAUAGCUGACUCCUCCUCCAUUUUGCCCUGCGACCUGCUCAGUGACCAAUCAGAAGACGAGACCAACCACUCAGACGAGGAGGGCUCGUCGGUGUCAGACUUUGUGAAAGGAUACCCGCCAAACUCCCCAUACAUUGGCAGCUCUCCAACCCUGUGCCAUCUCCUACCUCAGAAAGCCUCAUUCUGCUGCCUUCGGCUGGACAAGGGUUGCAGACACAACAGUUUUGAGGAUGCCAAGGCCUAUGGUUUUAAGAACAAGCUGAUCAUAGUAUCCGCGGAGACGGCAGGGAACGGCCUCUAUAACUUCAUCGUCCCUCUACGCGCUUACUACCGCCCCAGAAAAGAGCUCAACCCUAUUGUACUGCUACUAGACUACCCGCCUGACAACCACUUCCUAGAAGCCAUCUGCUGUUUCCCAAUGGUCUACUUCAUGGCCGGAACCAUAGAUAACCUGGACCAUCUGCUACAGUGUGGCAUCAUCUAUGCUGAUAACCUGGUGGUGGUGGACAAGGAGAGCACCAUGAGUGCUGAGGAGGACUAUAUGGCAGAUGCCAAGACUAUCGUCAACGUACAGACCAUGUUCAGGCUGUUCCCCAGUCUCAGUAUCAUCACCGAGCUGACCCACCCCUCCAACAUGAGGUUUAUGCAGUUCAGGGCUAAGGAUUGCUACUCCCUGGCUCUCUCCAAGCUAGAGAAGAUAGAGCGUGAUAAGGGUUCCAACCUGGCCUUCAUGUUCCGCCUGCCGUUCGCUGCAGGCAGAGUGUUCAGUAUCAGUAUGCUGGAUACGCUGCUCUACCAAUCAUUUGUAAAGGACUAUAUGAUUCCCAUAGCAAGACUUUUACUAGGCCUGGACACCACACCAGGGUCUGGUUACCUAUGUGCAAUGAAGGUGACAGAGGAGGACCUGUGGAUCAGGACGUAUGGCAGGUUAUUCCAAAAGCUGUGUUCUUCCAGUGCAGAGAUUCCAAUAGGCAUCUACCGUACAGAGUCACACAUGUUCUCCUCCUCAGAGUCUCAAGUAUCCAUCAACGUAGAGAACACUGGUGGUGACGACCAGAGAAGCAAUCGUCGUGCGUCGUGGAAGGAGAAAACAGCUCAGCGGAACUCCACCACCAGCGACCAAUCAGAACAUCCGUUGCUGAGGAAGAAGAGCCUCCAGUGGGCGCGGCGUCUGAGCCGUAAGAACACCAAGCCACCGAGUCGCACCGAGCGGAUCUCCCAGCAGCGCCUCAACCUGUACCGGCGCUCCGAGAGACAGGAGCUGUCUGAGCUGGUCAAGAACCGCAUGAAGCACCUAGGCUUGCCCACUGUCGGAUACGAUGAGAUGAACGACCACCAGAACACUCUGUCCUACGUUCUCAUCAACCCCCCUCCAGAUACCAUGCUGGAGCUCAAUGACAUUGUCUACAUCAUCCGGUCCGACCCGCUGGCGGGGCCCGACGUGCCCGAGGAUGCGGCUCAGGGGCAGAGCAGCGGCGGCGGCCGGACGAGGCAGGACUUUGGCACAGAGACCAGGGAUGAGACCCAUCUCUGA